CUUCUAAGCUGUUUCCAUGCUGCUGCAGUCUGAGGUUUAGUGAAAACAUGAUGAGGAACAUCUGCGUCUCCCUGCUGCUCAUCCUUCCUCCUGUCUGUGGACAGCAAUCCGACCUCAGAACCACCAGCUUUAAGCAUUACAGCAACAUGAAGAGCUGGGAAGAUGCUCAGUCUUUUUGUAGGGAGAAACACACUGACCUGGCAACUCUCAGAAGUGACAAAGAUAAUCAGGUCCUUGGGGGUGAUGGAGGCUGGAUCGGAUUGUACCGAGAGAAUGAGAACUUUACUUGGAAAUGGUCCAGAGGAGACGAGACAGCAACCUUCUUCAAAUGGGCUGUUGGUGAACCAAAUAACAUGCAAACUGAAUUAUGUGUCCUGAGGUGGUACGGGACAAAAAAUUGGUAUAACGUCGUCUGCAACAGAAUACAGCAGUACAUGUGUUAUGACGAGAAUCUGAUUCUGGUGACGGAGAACAAGACGUGGGAGGAGGCGUUAGACCACUGCAGGUCUCUGGGGGGAGAGGACUCAGAGAACCCAGACUCCGUGUCCUGGAAGCCCAGCUACGACCUCGUCACCCUGAUCACUGAAGAUGAUCAUGACUAUGCACGUGAGAGAGCACAACAGGCUACCACUGAUGAGGUGUGGACGGGCCUGCGUUUCCUGGGUGACGGCUGGUUCUGGGUGGGUGGAGAACCGGUGCAGUACCAGGAUAUUCCAAGCUGCCCGGCUUAUGGCUGUGGUGUCCUGGAGAAGAACAGCAAGACAUCCUUUGGGCUCAGAGCCUGCAGUCAGAGAAGAAACUUCUUCUGUUACAAGAGGCCUGAAAACAACUGAAAGCCACUGGGCUCAUCUAUCAGCUGCUUCUCCCUGCUGUUAAUAACAACACCAGGAGUUUAGAAACACUGCUGGAAUCUCUGCAGCUCAUCCACAAGUAAACACUCUUCAUUGCUGCUGCUUGACUGCUGUCAUUGCUUUUCUGAUAAAGAAUAAAACUGCGAGAGUAAUACAAACUUAAAUAUGAAAUAACCCAGUCAGCUGUUGAUUGCACAUAAAAACAACGGACAUCCCCCCUGCAGUGAUCCCCGCCCGUCAUGGACAAAGCUUCUCAUGGAGUAUGACCGGAACAAACCUCUCGCUUCUGGCAGAGUAUGUAACAAGCUUAAGAGCUAAAUGUUCCUCUGCUGCCACCUUCAGGAGUCUGACAGUAACUGCAGCAUGUUUGUUUAUCUCAGUAAAGCAGCAACAAUAAAGAACCUUUACUUAGUGAAUGCUCCACAUAACUACUCUGCUUCACAUCACUGGAAACACACUCAGAUGUACAAACACAUAUUUGAUAAGAAGUUUGAAGUUAGACAGUAAAACAGAUCAGUGAUGGAUCAGUAGAGUCUGUCCUUCACUGAUUAGAUGAAGACAGUUAAAAUAGUUAAAAAUCUAUUUCUGUGUGUGAACAUCUGGUGGUUUUAUUAAAACAUGAACAGCAGGUGAAAGCAGGUAAAAUACGACACCAGUGGAUUAUAAUACAUUUACUGGAGUAGAAAUUUAAAGUGUGUCUUUAACUUUCCAGUUCAAAGUACUUGUUUACUACAGUCCAGAGGGAAAUAUUAAACACUUCAUUAUAUGAAUAUAAUCAUUAAAAUGAACUCUUUACUUUGUAAAUACAGAUUUAACAUAGAAAACAUUUACAUAUAGGCUAUUGAUCAGGUAUUUAUUAGUUCAUUAAUUACAAGUAAUCAAUGGUUUGGAAAUGUUUAAAGCCAUUAAUUCUUAUAUAAUAGCAUUUCAUAUCGUCAAUGUGUAAAAUGUGAUUAUUUAGUUUUUCCGUAUCUUAAUCAGAGUGAUAUCUAUAAGCUUCAGAGAAGUAGUCACAAAAACAAGAUGCUUUUACAAACUAAACAACAAAUUGAACUACACAGAAAAUAAUCUGAAGAUGAAAACAAACUGAAAAAAAUCUAAAUAAUGUGAGAUUUUUUCAUUAAAAAAGUUUUAACUUUGAGGAACUCUAAUAAUCCAACAAUAUACUGUACUAUUAUUAUAUUACUAUCAGGUCUGCAUAAUUUCAAUUUGUCAUUCUAAUAAAAUCUGAAUCUACUUUUACUGAAAUGAUGUGACUGUUGCAGCUUUUUCCAGUAAUUAUAGAACAUAGAUCAGAUCUGUCUAGAUAUUGGGUAACUGUCA